ACUGUUUCAAAAGCAAUAAGCCGCCAUACACCGUCAUAUGCGCUUUCAGUGCUUCACAGCAAGAAUUUUGUGUAUUUGUUGUAUCUGUUUAUAUCUACGCAAUCGGGCAAAAAGUUGCAACCAUGAGCGAUCAGGUUUUCGCCGUUGUGGAAUUUGAAGAUGGUGUUGCAAUUAUCCGAAUUGAGUGGGGUAUUUGUGAUGAAAAUAAUAAAAUAGUAUCCAGUUUCUACCCACCUUACGAGAACGAGAAGCAAUUAACCAGAUUAUUACUAACUUCAAAUUGUAAACGAGAUAUUAAGUGGUGCAAAGACGCAAAUGGAACACCUUAUACCGUUAUCAAGCAUUUGCGCAACGCUAUUACGUUACAAGAUGCCAUGAAAAAAUGUGACUUUUAUGUAGCCGGUCUUUCAGAGCUUGAAACGGAUGAUGAUCAGAAUAUGCAAAAUUUAAAAGGAAGUAGACAUUCGCGAAAAGCUAAAACUCUUGAUAGUGAUUUUACGGAUGGAGAUCAUGAUUCAAAUAGGACGUCGAUAAAUAGAAAAUUCACUUCGCAAUUAAAAAACCCAAAUAAAAAUAUUUCAGAGCAAAAGUCAGAAAAAAUUGCAUCCACUGCAAUAGCAGAAAAUUUUUCAGGAGAAGAAAUUCUAGUGGAAUUUCAUGAAACUCAUGAAAUUUCGACAGACAAUCAAAUUGAGUAUACAGAAAAUCAUGAAUCCCCUUCUAAAGAAGCAGAAAUAAAUGACAAUCGUCCGCGAGGUGCAAAUGUGCAGGACUUGGAUCAAGACCGAGAUGAAAAUGGUCAACUGAAAAAUAUAGAACAUGCGAAUGUUGGUAGAGGAAAAAAAAGGCGAAGUUCAAGAUUUUGCGAUGAUCCACAGGAAAUAGCUGAUUGGGACAUGUCACCAAAAGAUAUUUGUCUGUUCAAAAAAAUCAACACCUUGGGUGUAAUAUGUGAAUAUGUCGCGUCACGAGUAGGCACAGCAUCUCAACAAGAAAUUACUUAUUUAAAUGAAGACGUGGGUUUAUCAGACUUUCCGAUAAAAACAAAAGAACAUUAUGAUGAGAUAAUAGAAAAAUUGAUGGAUACAGAAUACUAUACGAAAGUAGUUAAAUCAAUUAUAGAUUUAGGAAAAUUGAGAACCCUGUCUAUGACAGUAAAAUCUGCAAUGAAGGAACUUUUGACCCUGGAAGCGGGAAAAUUAUUUACUUUUCAGGGAAGAGGGGGCAAAAAACUUCGCUUUUGUGGUUCACUUUUGCACCGUGUAGUAGUACAAUCAUCAAGACACCUACAUCAAAAUGAAGCACAAAGCAGCGUUAACUACUGGAUUGAAGACUGGCUGGUUCAGUGUUCCAAUUCAAUUAAACGAGACAAAAAGAAAGAGGAAAAAAGGCAAGAAAAAGAGGCGGAACAAAAUUUCAAUUUUCCUGAAUUUGAAGACGAAAACUCUGAAUAAUGGUUUUGGAAUUCAAUUUAAAUUGAAUCGAUUCGAACUGUAAUUGCUGCUUAAGGGCGACUAAGGAAAAUAUAUUUAUUAUGCAGAACGUGUUGAUAUCUAUAAUGGCUCUGAGAAUAUUAUUAUGUUAAUUCUCAAAAAAAAUAUUGAAAGGAAUCUUAAAGAGAGCUUACAAUAUAUCAACACCGAAUUAAGAAAAGUUUUCAAGGUUUGGUAGCCAUUCCGAAUUGUAUUCCAAAGGUAAUUUUGAUGACUGGUUUCUAAGAAUUCAUCUGCUCAUCUUUUGCGACCGUCGACUCCACCCUGAUUAUAAACGAGGAAUACUGGCUUUCUUUUUCAUGAAUUCUAGGAGAAUAAAGUCAGUGUUACAAUUUAAUAAAAACAUUUUUUGAAAAGUGUAUUAUUUAAAAUUUAAGGUAUUUUUAAUAAUGAAAUUUAGUCAUUAUUUUACGGAUAUUUUUAGAUGAAAGUUUUAUACAAAUUUUAUAAAACGGAAUUGUUAUGUAACAAAUUUUUGUAGAAAUUCUGGUAGAUCUUUUUAACAAUAAUUUUAUUAACCUAAAAUUCCAUUUAAGGUAAUUUAUUUCAAAUAAAUCUUCAGAUUGUUACAGUUUUCGUUUCACCGAACAUUAUAGACAAAAUUUAUGUUAAUUAAAAUAUUUAUUUAACAGAAUUAUUAUU